AUGGACCUCACCAUGAAUUAUCAAAACUACGAGAAGGCUAUUGUCCUGGUCUAUGGAGUCAAGCUAGAUGGUUGGCCAGAGGGUCUCCCUUUCCUUGCACCUUCUCACAUGCACACCGUGCUUGAAGUGCGCACUCUUCGUGAUGCUUUGGUGACAGGCGCUUGUCAUUGGAAGAAGCUCAACCGACGUGAACUCGAGGACCUUCGCGUGGACAUUCAACGACGCUCGGAUGCAGGUGAGGUGGUAGGCACGGUACGCAAGAAGCGCUCGGAUGCAGGCAAGACGCGUAAGCGCAAAGCACCUGCUACUGAUGGUGCUACAGAUACCACCAUGGCCGACGGCGCUAAGAGGCCUCGGAGAUCACGCAGGGGCAAGCAGGUUGAGAGGCAGAAGCAAAGCAAAGCAACCAGUGUUGAAUUCAUCGAAGACAGCGACGAGGAGGUGUCUAAUGAGUAG